AUGGACGAGAGCGAUGAUCCCCGUUUUAUGGAGCUAGGCUCCCUCGAGGCCAUCUACCCCGAGAUCCGUCACCCCGACGCCAAGGACCCCUUCGCCUUUGAGAUUGAGCUCCCCGUCGAGCCCGCCGCUCCCGUCACCGUCACCUUCCCAGCAGCUUCUGCGCCCGCUCACCCGGGUCUCAACACCCCCGGCCAGGCCGCCGAGAACGGCCAGCCAGAGGUGGAUUCUCUCGAGGUCUCGUAUCUCCCGUCGUUGCGGCUGCAGAUCCGUCUUCCCGAAGGCUACCCUGUAGAUGCACCGCCAAAAGUGCAGAUAUCGACAACGCCGCAGUGGUUGACGAAGGAGACUAUCAAGAGACUCGAGGAUGACGGCCCGCGUCUGUGGGAUGAGAUUGGACGUGACAUGGUUGCCUUUACUUACAUUGAUCACAUCCAGCGUGCUGCUGAAGAUGUCUUUGGGACCAUCACUCCAGAGGGAACCCUCGAGGUUGACCCUGAGCACAAACUCGCCGUGUUAGACCACGAUAUCAAGUCCAAGAAGGCAGCCUUUGAAAAGGAAACCUUUGACUGUGGUGUCUGUCUUGACCCCAAGAAGGGAUCCAAGUGUCACAAGAUGCUCGACUGCGGUCACAUCUUUUGCAUCCAAUGCCUCCAAGAGUUCUACAAUGACGCCAUCAAAGAGGGCAAUCUAUCCACUGUACGGUGCUUAGCACCCAACUGUGCCAAGGAGCGUGCUGCCUCUAAAGAGACCAAGAAGCCAAAGGUCGCCGUGAGCCCCAGCGAGCUUCUCCAGAUUGGCCUCGCCGAGGAAACGGUCAAGCGCUACGUUACGCUCAAGUACAAGACCGAGCUCGAGUCUGACAAGAACACCAUCUACUGUCCUCGCCAGUGGUGUAACGGUGCUGCUCGAUCUAAACGUCACAAGAAGCCCGAGGGCCUCGACUUUGCCGAAUCGUCCGAUGCCGAGUCUGAAAAAGACGACGAAGAAAAGGAAGGAGACAACAGCACAAAGAAGAAAAAGAAGAAGGACAUCUUCAACAGGGCCGACCUCCUGGCCAUCUGUGAAGACUGCGGCUUUGCCUUCUGCGGCCAGUGUUUCCAGUCAUGGCAUGGAGAAUUUGUCCGCUGCGCACCAAGACGUGACAAGGGCGAGCUCAGCGAGGAGGAAAAGGCCUCUCUCGAGUAUCUCCAGCUUCACACGAGUCCUUGUCCGACGUGCAACGCCCCCGCGCAAAAGACUCACGGCUGCAACCACAUGAUCUGCUCUCGCUGCGACACCCACUUCUGCUAUCUGUGUUCGUCAUGGCUCGAUCCUGUCAACCCCUAUCAGCACUACAACCAGCAGCCCAGUGGAAAGGUCACUUCGUGUUACAUGCGGCUCUGGGAACUCGAGGGCGGCGACGGCGACGAUGUGGGACUUGGCUUCAUCGGAGGAAGAGGUCCUGCACAGGCACAGGCACAGGAACCGGCGGUACCGCUCGAGGGAAAUGCCGCCGACGCCAACCAGCCGCAGGCUCAGUUAGGCGCUCAAGGUCAGGCCAUCGAAGUCGCUCGCGAAGGUCCCCUCGUUAUCCGACUAGUCGACAACCAUGCCAGAGACGGCCGCCGGGCGCGGGCCGCGGCCACCACGGCCCACCUCGAGGCCCGGCGGGUCGAGGACGCGGUGCAAGAGGCGGUGGAAGACACCAGCCAGCGGCGCCGGCACCCCGAGGGAGAGCGACCGAAUCAGCAACAACAGCAUCAUCAACAACACCAACCACCUGCCCAUCACAACCAACAGCAGCAACAACAUCAACAUCAACAACAACAGCAGCAGCAGCAGCAGCAGCAGCAGCAACCGGUCCAGAACCAGGCCGUCAACAAUAACAAUAACAACAAUAACAACAAUAACCCCGCCGGCCUCGACCCAGCCCAAGAGGCCUGGGUUCGUCGCUUCGUGCAGAUGGCCCUGCUGGACGAGGAAGACCUCGUAGAAGGCGACUCGGACGAAGAGGGCGACAACUGGAUAAUCCAAUAA